AUGUACGAGAACCAGAAUACCCAACCAGGGAGCGGCUGGCGCUCCUUGUCAGCACGACGAAGAAUGUUGAUGUUCCCCUUCUCCGGGGUGCAAGUUUUAGUUAUGUUGACGCACUUCGCCUGGAGCACGAUCGGUGUUUAUUCCCGCGGCCUUCUGGCAGCUCCGUCUAGUACUACGGCAGUCGGGUUAUUUAUAUUUUACUUCCUCUCAACUACAGAUGUUGUGGAUGCCGUUUCGCUGGUGGUCAAGACGAGGAACAAUGGAAGUAGAAAUACCUCCCCUCUGGUAGAACUACAAAGGGCGAACAACAACAGAAAUGAUCCCGGCAAGAGCAAAUCCAGCAAGGCCAGAAAAAUUUUCAAGACAAAAGUACUGUCGAGAAAAAAACAAGGCACGACUGCUGCAUUGCCACCCGAGCCGGUGGCGGCCACAAGAACUUCUUUCAUUGACAUCACCCGGUCUAGUAUUCGGGAAACCGUGGGCCGUGCCGGGAGGACAAGAAGAACACUAUCGAGAAAGGAGCAGACGUCACAGCAGACAGCAGCAGAAGGAACUAGAAGUGAAAAAACAAGUGCACAUGUACAUGUAGGGACCGCCAGCACCAGCACGAAUAAGAGGAUAGUACAACAAGAACAGCAAGCGGCUGGUGCGAGCAGCAGCAGUGGGGGCGUCUGCAUGUACUUUGUCCACCAAACUCUCGAGAACUGGGCCGCGCUAUCCCCUCGCACCAUAGACCCUGACGAGUACUGGGCUGGGUUCACGAGGAGUACUAGUACAAUCAGCAACGACCCUUGCGACGAGUCAGAGGAAAAGUGUUUCAGCCCGCUGUGCCGGGGUGGUAUGUAUGUCGCGGACUUCUUCGCGAAUUCGCCCCUCCGUUUGGCUGCCGCGCAGGACCUUGACGAAGGGAUGGACUGCAGCGGUUCGCAUGUGUCCUUCGCAGCAGAUAGAGAUCACCGCACGUGGGACCUGUGGGACCAAUCAAGGGCGGCCCUGCAGCCAGCGGUAUUGGAUACUGCAACUACUUCAUCCAUGUUGUUGUAUUCGGAGGGUAAAGUAGAUGAAAAUCAUGAUUGUAGUUGCAGCAUUUUUUGGCUCUUGUUGAAGUUGAGUGAUGGCUGAAGAAGAAGAAGAGAAGAAGAUCUAGCAGGCGGUUUACAACUAUGGUCGUUCAGUCUGAAAAAUGUACUUCUACUUCAACCUCUAGGGUUAGUGGAGAUCAUCACGUAGUAGAAGCUGCCAGCGGUGGAGCUCUGAACACAUCAAUGAUAAGGUGCGAAGAUGAUGAUGAACAAGAACACGAGCAAAUUCACACUGAACGUAUCCAAAUUAACAUGCACAUGUAUAUUUCGUUAUCGAAUUUAAAAAAUUUCAGGAAUGGUGGGAUGCGAACCCGUUGAGCGACGACGAGGUGGUCGAAAAGCGGUUCGAAAACAAGUUCAAGAAAUUUGAGCGGUUGUCCGAAGGGACGAAGGGCGAUUGGGUCGAGGUAUCGCAGGCGGAAUACAACCAAUUUGAACCCGACAACGAGCCGGACACACCGCUCUUUUUCACGGCCCGGUGGCGACACGGGGGUUGCGUCCACGCGCAGGGCAUCCACGCGCACGCCUGGAGCUUGGAUAAGGAUCCGCCGAUCGUUCGAUGUAAUAAAGGGGCGCAAGGCGUGUACAAUGCCUGGGAGUGCGCGGAAACGUGCUGCUUCGGAGACAAGACGGACCUGAGAAGAACAACAACCUCAACGACAACGUCGACGACAACGUCGACGACAACAUCAACUACGACGUCAACUACGACGUCAACUACGACGUCAACUACGACGUCGACGACCACGUCAACGACAACAACAUCCACGACAACUACAACAUCGACGACUACAACGACUACUACGUCGACAACUACGACCACAACUACGACCACAACUACGACCACAACUACGACCACAACUACGACCACAACUACGACCUCAACUACGACCUCAACUACAACCUCAACUACGACCUCAACUACGACCUCAACUACGACCACAACAUCUAGCACGACAACCACAACGACCACGACAACCGAGGUCCCAACUACCACGAAAGCGCCAACUACGACGAAAGCGCCAACGACCACAACAGAAGUGGUCUCUACUUCAACGACGACUUCUACUAGCACGUCGACAACGACUACAACAAGCAGUACUACAACUUCUACUACAACUACCUUGACAGAAGCUGUUGUACCACCCACCACCAGCCCAGCCCCCGCUUCCUCCCUGGCGCCGUCGUCGCAACCUGGUGGGACCCCACCGACAAACACCACAACGACGGCGAAAGUUGAUAUGAAUACGACGACGACUACUUCUUCGACAACGGCAGUAGAGCUGAACCGCGGGCGGACGGACCCAGAUUUACUGGAUGGCAUGACCACAAAAGCCGCGGAGAAUAGUACGACUAGCACGACCUCCACGACCAGCACUACGCGGAGCGUCGCGCUCGCGGGAAUGGCGAUGAACGACUCGAAGAACACAACCGGUCUCUUAACCUAUGGCACUCCGGAAGGUGUGGAGAACGUGUACGAUUCCACCAAUACAACCUCCACAACUGCCGCGCCGCCGGAAGAUGAUUGGUGCCUGCCGUGCAGUGCGUUCGCCUGCGUGCUGAUCUGUGUGGCGUGCCUGCUCGCCUUCGGGUUGGCCGUCGGAUUGUUUUACCACGCGCGGAACCGAGGUAAAAGAGACCAAGGGGGUUCCGCCGCAGCUGUGGGAAGCAUGAACGGGCUGCUCUUACCCGGGAACAAGAAGGUGAAGGUCAAGUCCUCCAAGCAUGCGCCCUCGGAGGAUGAAGCGUUCGAGGUGGGUAUCGCCUCCGGCUUCAGCGAGGGCUACGCGCGCCAGUUCGCGCAGGCGCUCGCCAAGUACGACAAGAAGGGAGAUCUGCUCGAACUGAACCCGUUGCCCGCGCCACAAAAGGUGGAAGACCUCGCCGCCAUGCAGCGGGUGAAGUUUGGCGGCUUCGAGAGCGUGGCGGAGGCCGUGAAAUUAUGGAUUGCAAAUGUGUCUGGGUCUGGAAACUUGUAAUGCAUAGUCGCGAAUAGUAAAUGCUCUCUAAUGCACAGCCAAGCACGAGAAAUAUUUGCGCGGUUUAGUGUUGCGCUUUCCGCAAUACAGCCUGCGUUUUAUUGUCAUGACAAGAGCAUCAAGGAUCUCUCUCUCUGUCUUCUUGGACACGCAUCACAAACUCUUCCGUCAUGCCAGACAGGCAUGACAGAUGUUUCAUUCUUUCAGACCCAGACAUAUUUGCAUUUGAUAGAAGUUUUUCGGGCCGCGGUUCAAGCAGAAGCGGGGCUGGAAAUUGAAGGGGAGCUGUGCGCCCAAGUACCCCGGACCACGCGUGUUCGAGCUGAAGCUGAAACGCGCCGGGUUGCAGCCGAGUUACGCCACCGCGCUGGCCGCGCAGCUCGGCGACCGCAUGGUGAAACCCAAAACCGGUCUCACGACCAAAAUGGCGCCGCCGCCCACGGAGGACGACAAGGACGCGUUGUUCGAGUUGGGCCAGUUCGGCGGGAUUGAGUGUGUGGCGGAGCUGCGCGGGUGCCUGGUGUCGGCCAAGCGGCAGCAACCCAACCGGCCCUCCAGCACCGCCUUCCCAGAGCCCCCCUCGCACGAAUCCCAGGAAAAGACCAUGAGGAUCAACCUGAUUCCCCCGGAUCGGCCCACCGGAUGGGUGGACGAGGACGAGGAGGGCAUAAAGGAGGAACAAGUGAUAUUAAACACGACAGGUGCAGCUCUGCCACCAUCGAGCGGAACGGGUAGGCUAACAAAUCAAGACCAUCCACCCGGGGACGAGCAGGAGGAUGAUGGGACGAACAAGGUUCUUAGUUACAAGGUCCUCCCCGCCGUGAUGGCCAGCGGCAAGGGGGAAGGCUUUGGCGCGGAUGACGACGGGGUGAUGGUGAUGCCCACGAGUCAGGAAACCUUGGACGACGAGGAGCAGGAGGAAUUGCUGGCGGACUUCAUGGAAAAGCAGUUCCGACAGGCGAAAAUGAAGGACCAGAACCUGCUCUACGACUACGCGGCAUCCCUCCCCCCGCGCCCCAGCGUGGUUGGGGCGGUGGAAAGCGCGCUCGUUCUCACCGGCUUCACCCCGGGGUUUUCGCACCACCUGGCGGAGGAACUGGUGGACCCCGCGGCGGAUCCGGCCAAGUCGGUCGUCACCGAAGACACUGCGGACAUCGACAAGGAGCUGUUGCGCAGGCGGGGGUUCGCGGGCUCGGCGCAGACCCUGGCCGUCGUGCGCAACGGGCUGCUAUGAGUUGCAAAUAUGUUUGGGUCUGGGAGCUUGCGAGAUUUGUCAUGCUAGUCCAGCAUGACCCUGAACUUUGUAUUGCGUGGCCGCAAAGCCAAAGAGCUCCUCGUGCCUGUCAUGCAAAAACGCAGUUUCUCAUGCGGAGUACGCAACUCAGAACCACGGAAAAUUUUGCCAUGCGCGGCAGCGCAUCAGAGUCUGCUCUCUGUUUCCUUUCUUGCAUCACAAGUUUCCAGACCCAGACAACAUAUUUGCAUUUGAUAGCUGCUGAAGUGGCGGAGGGCCAAGGAGCGCCGGGAGGCCGCCCCGGCGGAGGAACAGGAAAACUUCUUCGACCGGUUGAGCUCGUGGUUCACCGGGCGUACUGCUGACGAGAACAACAAGGAGAGUACUAGCCGCAUGAAGCUCACCGUGGUGGCGGAGAGCCUCGUGCCGGAGUUCGGGGAAGUGGAGCAGGUGGCUGUCGCGGUCGGGUUUACUCGCAGCUACGCGAAAAAGUUGUCGCGGCACAUUGUGGAGCCCGGGAGACUACUGCAGGCUUCGGUGGACGACUUGCCGGCGGCCGAAGCGGAGCAAGACCAGCUGGUUUUGAAACAAAUGAAGAUGCAAGACCGCCGCGAGCCUGGGAAGGUGCGGGACCCGUGGAAGAUGCAGGCGUUUUUGAAGAAACGGUUGAAGGUGAAGAGGAACCGCAGGCAAGUCGGCGCCAAAGCCGGGCAGAAGGGAGUUGUGGCCACGGAAGAGUUUGCGCGAGCGCAACUUUUAGCCAACAACUUCUCGCCACUGUACGCACAAGAAUUGGCAAAGAUCCUCGCGAGCGCGAGGAGGACUACAACAACUUCUCUGCCCAGAAAAUCUAGUGAACCACCUGCGCGGGACAACAAGGUGAGUGCCAACAACAAUAUCAAUAUCCCUCCCCCCACCCUUCCCGAGGAUGAGCAGGCGUGGCACCGCUGGGGCUUCGGGGGCACCGAAACGGUGGAGGAGGUGAUGGGUUUCUUGCUGAAAAAAGCCAAGAAAAAAGCCAAGAAAAUUGCGUCGGGUUAUGGCGAGCAAGAGGUAGUUCUCAGCGACAACACAGCACCAGGUGGUGAACUUUCCACUGCGGAUUAUGCGGAGUACUCCGCCGACUUUCUCCGCGCAGCCAAUGCCGCCGACCAGGAGGAAGCGAAAUUGCAUCGGAAAUCGGUGUUGGACCGCGCCGAGACAUCGUCGGAUGAUUCGUAUGCAUUGCAAAUAUGUCUGGGUCUGGAAGAGAGCAACUUGUCAUGCUAAAUCCGAAACGCACAAAAAUCUGGGUUGCAUGAAUGGCAAACGCUACCCAAUUCUUGCCACGCAAAGGGCCAAUUUCUCAUGCGAACUAGGCAUCAAAAAACUCUUGCGCAAUUUGUGACGCUUCUGGGUGCAUUCCAGACCAUUUUUGUGUUCGAUGAGUUGCAUGACAAACCUUGCAUCCUUCCAGACCCAGACAUUUUUGCAUCUGAUAAUUCGGUCUUCGACGCAAUGUACGUAACCGACUGGGAAUCCGAGGACGUUUCCGACGUCUCCGAGACCUUAUGAGAGUGCACAACCCCCCCCUCAUUUGUGAUGCAAAAUUCCAAAUCCGGUUGCUGCCGAGUAGCACUGUUUGCAUGACAAAUUUCGGAUGAAGGAGUCCAACAAGUACGUGGUGUACUACACUUCUUGGCGUAUGAAGAAGAACCUGUCAUGCAAAGGCUCCGUGUGUGCUGGUGUUUGUAUUGCUGGUUUUGCCAUAGAAUUGGAAUUGAGGGGGAGGGGAAGUUGUGCACUCUCAUAGACCUCCGGGGCGGGGCCCGCGAAACUGCAGGUCACCUCCAUUCCCAUGAGCGGGGGCGAGGCGACCGCAACUGGCUAUGAAAUGCAAAAGUGUCUGGGUCUGGAAGAGUGUGAACUUGUCAUGCAUGUUUUCCAUGACCCUUGAGGUAUGGAAUGCGGGACCUAGCAUGGCAGAGUCUGUGAGGUCUCUUUCAUGCCUAUCCUGCAUGAGAAACUCCCUCCCAACUUGGUCGAAAGUGGACAGCUUUUGGCACUCUUGCAACACAGAUUUUUGCAUGAUUCGGAUUUAGCAGGCCAAGUUGCAAUCUUCCAGACCCAGACAUUUUUGCAAUCCAUACUGGCGCGGCCAGAACUACGAGGAGCAGAAAAACCGACUUGAAGUCCUCAAAGUCAUCUUCAAAGAAGGCCUCCAAAAGUCUCGACAACUCCAACACAAAAACUUCGAGGCACUCGAGUCGGAUGCAGAUUCUUUCGCAGUCCUCCGACAAGUCCGACAGCAGUGGCGGGCCCACGAAGAUGAUGAACAACCUGACUACUCAGCUGACAAUUGCACCAUCCGACAAGCUAUGCAGAAUAAAAGUAUCGCACUAGAAGUAGUACUAUUGGUACCAUAUGAAAUCGCGUAAGGAUGAGGAUGACUUUCUCAAGAAGGAUAUGAAUUGGGAUUUGUACGCCAGAUUUGUCAUGAAUGAUUACGAUGAGUUCGAGUACGAGUUGUGCGAUACUUUAUUUGCAAUGGAUACAAUCCCGGCGAGGGUGGUGUCUUCAACAACGAUUUUUUUCACCAAGGACCUGCUCCUGAAAAGAGUCCUGCGGAAGCUACUAAUACAUCCGUACAACCCGGUGCAGCCGAUGCCCGAAGGUCAUCGAAAAAAUCUGGAAAAAAUAAAGGCGACAAGGAGAUAGCCUCGGCAAACACGAUGGACAUCAGAUCCAUCAAUUACCACGAAUAAGUACCACGGAUGAUGGUGAAGAAGCUGAACUACAUGAACAAUCGAGAUCUGAUUCUUUUCUCGUUUAAAAGGUCGAGGAAGUGUAGAAGACCAAAAGAUAGAUGUAGGACAGCACCGCCACGACAAGCACCUCGAUGACGAAUUGAUACUUUAGGAAUAUCAACAAUAUGAAUAUCCAUCACCAUUGCUACAGUACUAAGUAUACGCUUAUAGAUGCGUACUAAACCAAGAAGACCCACAACUACCCACGA